AUGGAAAAAUUCGUGGGCAACUUUCGAAAUGCUACUAAGCUUACUCUUUCCGAUACGUUCGAAAUACCUCGUGAUUCGAUUGUAAGAGAUCUCAAUCGUAUUAUUCCUUUGGAACAACUAUCCACACUGUCCCUUGAUUGUCAUCGUUUUGCUUUCCACCAAGUAAUUGAACUUCUUAAUUUUACACCUAAUGUUCAUACUCUGAAACUUAAUUCUAUAUUACUUAAUGGGUCAGAUUCUGUUUCAAUUCAACAAAAUGCAACAUUUCAAAUCGUAUCCAAUACGAAUAUUGUUAAAAAUAUGAUAAUUGCGAAAGAAAGUACAUUAGAAAAAAUUCAAUUACUUGUUGCCAUUUUUCCUCGAUUAGAAUAUCUUACAAUUAAUUUAUAUAGAGAAGAUUUGGAAACAAUAGCAAGAUUUUUAUUAUCAAAACCAAAUAAUAACACUCGUAAUUUAUCUUUAUUAUGCAUCUCAAAACAACUUAGAGAUCUGGUAGAAAAAUUGAGAGUUUUAAUUGAAGUAGAAAAUCUUCUUGAUGACUUUACGCUAAAAGUUAUCCAUCGAAAACUCUAUUUAUGGUGGUAA